AUGUACACCGGCAUCAAUCCUACGAAGUCGACUGACGAAAACCGCACGUCGCUUGGCGAAGACGAAGGCUGGAUUCCCAUCAGGCUGGGCCGAAGACCAGCAGGACACCCUCGAUUCCCCCAAUCGCCCGGUCCCCCUCCGUCCGGGCCACUCCCUGAUCGUCCAACCCCACGGUCAAAGACGACUCCAGGGCAUGCUCAAGGUCGGGCCUUGCAAGCACAAACGAUUCAGGAGGUCAGGAAGGGUUUGGUCAGGAAGGUUUUGGACACCACGUUCGACCAAGCGGGGAAAGACUUAAUCGUCCGGAGGAGCCUCUAUAAGUCUGGAGGAAAAAGGGGAAUUGACAAAAAUACGGGAAGGCCCUACAGAACGGCGGUAAAGGCUUUAUUGGAGGCCCUGGAGCCGGGCCACCUGUCCGAGGAGGAGCAGAACGCGGUUUUUGAGCAUCUUGAGUGGCCAGUCUUUUGCCAGGAGUGCAAGGAAGACAAACCCGCCUGUGAAUUCGAUUCAUACUCUAGACGGUUCUGGGCCAUUGAAGAUGAAGAGUGGGUUUUCCUACACGGUGAAAAAUGCACAACUUGCAAAAAAGAAGAGCUUUCUUCGCUAGGAAUUCAGCACCAGAGCUCGUACUCCGUUCCAGGAGGCAGCCGAGGUAGGGCAUGA